AUGGCGCUUGAUCUGCUAAUUUCUCUAAUCUUCAUCCUCAUUUCCACCAUUUUUCUUCAAUCAACAGCUCUGCUAAACCCUAGAGCUCCUCCAAAUCCUUUGGCGCCAACUCCUUAUGCUUUCACAACCCCUCCAAAUUCAUCUUUUCCCAUUUCACCCCUCGCUCCUCCGCCGUCCAAUUCUCUAGUCCCCGCCCUUUUCGUCAUCGGCGACUCCACCGUCGACUGCGGCACCAACAAUUUCCUCGGAACCUUCGCCCGCGCCGAUCAUCUUCCCUAUGGUCGAGAUUUCGACACGCACACUCCGACUGGAAGGUUCUGUAAUGGAAGAAUUCCCGUUGAUUUUCUUGCCCUGCGUCUUGGACUUCCGUUCGUUCCGAGUUAUCUUGGGCAUAGUGGAGCAGUGGAAGAUAUGAUUCAAGGAGUGAAUUACGCAUCAGCUAGUGCUGGAGUUAUCUUCACUAGUGGAUCAGAAUUGGGCCAACACAUCUCCUUUACACAACAAAUUCAGCAAUUUAUGGACACUUUUCAGCAGUUUGUUCUAAAUAUGGGCGAGAAUGCUGCUGCUGAUCACAUUUCUAAUUCAGUCUUUUACAUAUCAAUUGGAAUCAACGAUUACAUUCACUACUAUCUGUUUAAUAUAUCUAACGUUCAAAAUCUUUACCCUCCAUGGAAUUUUAACCAAUUUCUGGCAGCCACAAUCAGACAGGAAAUCAAGAAUUUGUAUAACAUGAAUGCAAGGAGAAUUGUUGUAAUGGGAUUGGCACCUAUUGGCUGUGCUCCUUUCUACUUAUGGCAGUAUGGUAGUGAGAAUGGAGAGUGUAUUGAGGAGAUAAAUGAUAUGGUUAUGGAGUUCAACUUUGCCAUGAGAUACAUGGUUGAGGAGCUUGGCAUGGAGCUGCCUGAUUCAAGUAUUAUCUUCUGUGAUUUGCUUCAAGGUUCAAUGGAUAUUUUGAAGAACCAUGAACGUUACGGUUUCAAUGUAACUUCAGAUGCUUGUUGUGGGUUUGGUCGCUACAAUGGUUGGAUCAUGUGCAUCUCACCAAUUAUGGCUUGCAAAAAUGCUUCUAAUCAUAUUUGGUGGGAUCAAUUCCAUCCAACAGAUGCAGUAAAUGGCAUCCUUGCAGACAACGUGUGGAAUGGCCUCCACACAACAAUGUGCUAUCCCAAGAAUUUGCAGGACGUGAUAAACUCUCAAGGCUGAACUAUACUUUAGUCAGAUUUGUUCAUUCACAAAGCUGCACCAACACAUUCCAACGCAAUACCUGGUACCAACAAAACAUUGACAUAUAGAUAGAUUUGUUGAAUUCCAAACGAUAUGCUUUGCUUUAAAAAAGUAUGGUGGUGAUUGGUGCCUAUUUGGUAAUUGAUAGAGUUAGAAAUAAAAUGAUUGCUUAUAUUUUGCUUUUAGUGCCAUUAAUUUUGUAGUCAGCGUUGAAGUCUUUUUUGUAUCCCUUUGUUUUCUUUCAUCUUUUCAAUGAAAAAGUUUGGUUUAUGCUUUGCU